CCACACUGUUGUUUGUUUUCAAUCGCAGAACGGGUUUGUUUUUUAUUUUCAAUUAAAAUCGUCGAUCGCAGCUGCAAUUGUUUACCAAACGCUGAAGUUGAAUCAUUGAAUUAAUUUUGGUCGAAGGAAAUGGGAAAUGCGAGUGGCAAGCGGGAGACGGAUAAUCUCUACACGAACGAAGAGCUACGAAUGCUGGAGUCUGCCUAUAAAAAUGCAUCUGGCGGAGCCCUAGAAAAGUUGACCCAAGACCGAUUGGUGGAAACUUGGUCGCAGACCAUCGAAAGAUCGCUGGCGGAAAGUACGGCUCAGUAUCUGUUUACACCCACGAAGCCUGGUCAGCAAAGUAUUAACAUACCGCUCAGGAAAUUCGGAGAGCCCUACUAUAUAAUGGAGCGGGGAACCAUUGAACAAAAGUUGCAAAUGCUUCUCGGCUCGAUGGAAAAAACUGGAAAUGACACCUUCAACAGCAAGCAAUUGGAGCAGUACAUCUACUCGGUGAUCAAGAGCUACGUUCAUUUGGAGAGCACUGCCAAAAACUCAAGCAUCAAGGAAUGGCAGGAUAUGGGUUUUAAUACUACAGAGCGUUCAACCGCCACCUUUGCGAAGGGCCUUAUGCGGAAUUUGGGCAAGGAGCUGGAGCACACUAUGCCCAGCGAUGCCUUGGAACGUUGGUUGCACGUCACUCCACAGUUUCUGCAGAUCUGGCGCGAAGUUUUUAGUCAACUAUAUUGUCGCCAUGGAGGCAGCAAACGCAACUUAAUCAAGGAAAUGGAAAUUCCAAUUUUACCCGAAAUAUGUGAUGCUCCUCAAAACAGUCAUUAUCGCCCAAUCAUCGAACUGCCCCACGUACUUUAUAUCAAUGCUCAAUUGCCCCGCGAGCAUCGCCACAAAUGGCGCUUCCUCUUCUCAUCGAAAAUCAACGGAGAAAGCUUUUCAACGAUGCUGGGAAAAGUGCUGGACAAGGGACCCACGUUGUUCUUCAUCGAGGAUGAGGACCAGUACAUAUUUGGUGGCUACGCUUCCGAAACGUGGUCAGUGAAACCACAAUUUGGCGGCGAUGACAGCUCGUUGCUGUACACCUUAAGCCCGGCCAUGCGGUGCUUUUCGGCCACUACUUAUAACGAUCACUAUCAGUAUUUGAAUUUGAAUCAGCAGACUAUGCCAAAUGGCCUGGGCAUGGGCGGACAGUUUGAUUUCUGGGGCCUAUGGAUUGACUGCAGUUUCGGCGAUGGACAGAGCGUUGAAAGCUGCACUACAUAUCGAGAUUACGUUCAAUUAAGCAAGCGCAAGCAAUUCAAAAUAAGAAACAUGGAAGUCUGGGCUGUGGGAGAUUUGCCAGUAAAGGAAGGGGAUGAAGAAGGCGAUGGCCAGAAACGUUCGGUGCUUGAUAGCAAUCUGGAAGAUCGAGCUAUGCUUGAAAUUGCAGGCAAGAAAAUGCAUUCGGAUGGUUUACGCGAACCCGGCAUGGAUGAUUGAUAUUAUAAGAAACUUAUAAUAGAAAAAGCUUUGUUUUAUCAUGUUCAAGAAUUUAUCAGACCAUGCCCGUCUUGGGUGUGCAGUUAAUAAUUCGAUUAUAUUUCCUUUGGCCUUAUUGCGUACCCUAUCAAAAAUCACGAAAAAGUCCUGCGAACAAAAGAGUAUUUGUUCAAUCCAUUCCUAUAAACGUUUUGUUUAGCUAUUAAUGUUUAUAUAUAUACAAUGUAUAAUGGAUAUAGUUUAUGUAAUACUGAGAGUAUUGUUGUUGCGUUUUAGAUCUAAAAGUGUGAAAAUGAAAUCAUUUAAAUGAUAUAACAAACAAGCAAGCAAAAUAAGCAAUGUUAAAUCGUCGAAUUUUUCCCUUUUUGUCCUACGUCAAUAAAAUGCAAAAUAUUUGCUGAAUUCUAAUUUA